CGCCACCACUGCACUCAUUUCGAUAAGCUAUAAAGCUCUUUCAUCCUUGGCAUAGUAGCAAUCUUAUGUGAACAUUUCAUUGAAACCCAAGCGAUACUUCUCAAGUUAUAGACUCUCCAAGGAAUAGCGGACAGACAGACAGACCGACGUGAUGUACCUACAUGUCAUAUCCAAAACAUGCAAUAUCUUAUUUUAGAAAUUUUUUGCGAUUACAAUACCUUUUCCCAGUGGCGUAGGAAGUAAAAGCGGUGAAGUAUUAAGCUAUUUAGCACCAAUUUGGACGACGUAGCAAAAUGCCCUGUAGAUCGAAUAUUUUUCAAGAACUUUUGCGAAGUAAGCUAAUUUCAGUGUCAAAUAUGGUUGCAAUAAGACGUCAAAAUUAAUCGGCAAUUUUGAGAUUUCUCAGACCUUUUAUUUUUGUUUUAUUUUCUAUUGGUGAAUCUUAUGUGGUUAAUCGGCGGGAUAUAAACGAAUAAGCCGACAAAAAGCGGUAGAGAAGCAGGUUAUUGAAACCCAUGGAACAUCACGGGACUAUGGCUGCCAGACACAGGCCACGCUACUUGGACGAAAUCAUGGAGGUGAUCGUUAACAUGAAAGAAGCGAAGGGCUCGACAUCCAGGAGAAUUUUGGAUAGGGUGCAUAACCUGCUGAUAUUGAAACGUAAAAAAGGCAAGGUGGACCCUACGCAGAUCAAGAAGGCUCUCGUUAGAGGCGUGGAAUGCGGUGUCCUAAUGAAGAAGAAUGGCAAAUACAAGUUGGGCCUUGACACCAAGGACUAUGCCAUCUACCGGAGCUGGACUGGCAAACAUGCUCGUCAGGCAAGGACACGGUCUAGGCGGUCUAGAAGAAGAAAAGAAGUCACAGGAGAGGCAGGAGGGGCAGGAGGAUGAGGAGCAGAAGCCGCAGUCUGGGUAGGCAAAGAGGGAACCACUACAGCUCCAGUGAUGAAGCGGACGAUUAUGCGUCUGAUACGUCGGGAGAAUACUCCCAAUCCGGUACACAGACUGUGUUGUCUCUAGUUUUAUUAAAAUCUACAGACUAUCUGCCAACCAACAGCAAAUACCCCACGUCACUUCCUUCUUCUUGAACAUCAAGUUUGUGAGGGUACUCUCAUAAAGUCCAGAGCCAUGUUUUGGUCAUAAUUGAGAAAUAUAACCCUAUAACCAUAUUAUGGUAGAUGGUCGGAACCGGUUGUUCGACUUUUUUAAUUUGCCCUUUUAGUAUCCUUAAAAUGGUUCAAUAAAGACAAACUGAUCGCUUAA